UCAUCAUCCCCAAUCCACAUCUACCACUGCCUCUGCACCCACCUCGUUGUUGCAACCACGACUUCCCUCCCUAGUCUAGCACGACGUUCCGAAAGUUCCAUGGACCGCGCUUACAUCCUUCCUCUUCCACCUCCACCUCCGACCCACGACGACUCAGAUUCAGAUAUCGACGCCAAGCCUAGCGCCAGCACCGCCAAGCCACCAAACACGCACUAUGCACUCCUCCUCUCCACAGUGUUGAAUAAGAAGACGCAGAUCGUUAUGCGCACUGAUGGAUUCGAGAAGCGGUAUCUGCAGCUUUGCGGACGAUGUAGGUUACCAAUCGGCUAUCAGCUGGACUGGGGACAGUACGGGGGAAAGGAGGGACGAAGGGAGGACGCGGUGUAUCUGCUUCCCGGGGGUUUGGUGAGCACCGAGGACAUGGCGAGAGGGAAGGACAUGAGCGGCAGCAUCGGU